AUGACCGGGUUGUGCUCGUUAACCGUGCGGGCGCAGAGAACGCCACUUCUGCGAGCCUCAGUAAAGCAGGCCAAGCAUUUUUCCAGCUCGUCGCGGCGCGGCGAAUAUGCGGAUACACUUCCCAAUCUUAAGAUCGGUGCACACACGAGAGUUCUGUUCCAGGGGUUUACAGGCCGACAGGCUACGGCAAAUGUAAAGGAGUCUCUAGAAUGGGGAACGAAGAUUGUUGGGGGUGUAAAGCCUGGCGUGGACGGCGAGCACCUUGGGCUACCUGUUUUCCCCUCAGUUAAGGCGGCGCAAGAGCGAUCCAAGCCAGAUGCCUCGGCAAUAUACGUGCCAGGAAACCAAACAGCAAAGGCAAUUGAAGAGGCCAUCGAGGCUGAGAUCCCACUGGUGGUUGCAGUAGCAGAGCACGUUCCGCUCCAUGACAUCCUCCGUCUCCACUCGAUUCUCAAAACGCAGUCCAAAACACGACUGGUCGGGGCAAACUGCCCGGGUAUCAUUUCUGCAAUUGGGAAAUGUCGCAUUGGAUUCCAACCGCUACCUUGUUUCGCACCUGGGAAUGUAGGUAUCGUAGCAAAGUCAGGCACUCUGAGUUACGAAACUGUUGCCUCUACUACACGUGCCGGUCUGGGACAGAGUCUUUGUAUCAGCAUGGGAGGAGAUCCCCUCGCAGGUACCAACUUCGUCGACGCUCUAAAGAUAUUCGAAGAAGACCCAGAUACCGAGGGUAUCAUGCUGGUAGGUGAAAUUGGUGGAACUGCCGAAAUGGAUGCAGCAGGAUGGAUCACGGAUUACCGCCGCAGAACCGCGAACCCGAAACCGAUCAUGGCUCUAAUCGGUGGCCGAUAUGCCCCUCCUGGCCGGAUCAUGGGCCAUGCAGGAGCCUGGACGGCCCCUGGAGAACCAGGCCCUGAGGAGAAGUAUAAUGCUCUUGAGCGCGCAGGUGCAGUCAUGGUUAAUCACCCAGAAAAGUUUGGUGAAGGCAUGAGAACCCUUCUCACCGACCGGCCUAGCGCUAAAGGCUCAAGCUCCUCCACCUUCGGAACACAGAAAAGAGGCAUGCACACAAUGAGACGGCCCACCUCUACUCCCAGACACCAAGAAAUGCCACUCCAGAAAGUGCAGUCCCGAACUCUAUACAUCAAGCAAUCCCAAGCUCUCGACAUCCUUAAGCAAAAGGCUAUCCAUGUCAACGAGAGCGCCGAGUCACCCUCAGACCUUCACCUAUCCCUCACAAUUGACAGGACAGCACUUACGCCUACGCUAAUCGCCUCGCCAUCUGCUGACUUCGAGCCUGGCAACUCUGUCCGUCUCCCCUUCGCAUACACCACAGAAAAAUUUGGCGCUUCAGAUCGGAUCAUUGCAACCCUCGCCUCUCAGCUGCAACUUCCGAAUGCAGCACACGCAAAACUUGCAGAGCUCGUACAGGCACUUUGGGAAAUCUUCAAACAGAAGGAGGCCUUCGUACUAGAGGUUCGGGCAUCCGAGUCCCUGGAGGUGCGCGGUGCAAGAUUCGGCUUCGAUGACGCUGCGUUUCGAAGCUCGGGACGCCAGGAAGAUAUCCAUAAACUGAGAAACGCCAAGGAGGAAGUGCCCGAGGAGGUAGAAGCCGAGAAGGACGGGAUUGUCUACGUCAAACUGGAAGGAGAAGGCAGCAUCGGAACCUUAGUCAACGGGGCCGGCUUAGCAAUGAACACCGUCGACGCACUCUCCAUCCACGGCGGGCACUGCGCCAACUUCCUCGACACAGGCGGCAAAGCAACCACCGAGACCGUCAAGUCUUCGUUCCGAAUAAUCACCUCUGACGCGCGUGUGAAGGCCAUCUUCGUGAAUAUCUUCGGCGGUCUGACGCGGUGCGAUAUGAUUGCUGAGGGCAUUAUCAUGGCGUUUCGGGAUCUGGAGAUGAGUGUCCCUAUUGUUGUGCGGUUGAGGGGGACGAACGAGGAGAGUGGACAGAAUAUGAUUGCAGAGAGUGGACUGCCACUGCAUGCGUUUGAUAGCUUUGAGGAUGCGGCCAAGAAGGUGAUUAGUCUUGCAGAGGGUGCGAAAUAG